AGAAGCAGAAUGAUUUAAGGAGAAAAAAAUUCAGAAGUUGGAAAGUACAGAAUGUUUUUCAGUUGAGCAAUUGUGAUUCUGGAUUCUGGAUCAUACUUAUAUGAAAAAUGUCUGGAAAAACUGAUGAAAUUAAAAAGUCCUUCAUUCAUAAAAUGCUGUCAAUGAGGCUAAAUAAUGGAGAUGAAGGGAAAGCAUUGAAAAAUUCUUUUGAUCCCACAGAAAUUCCAGUUGGUAGAAGGAUUGGUGCAUUGGAUUGCUCCAAUUUGCUAGGAAAUUCAAUGGCUGUUAGUCAUGAUGUGCAGUCUCUCAGCGUGUUCACGGCAACAUGGAACGUAGGGGGGAAAUCUCCUACUAGUGAUCUUAAUCUUGAUAACCUUCUUCAAGUCCAUUGUCAAUCCGAUAUAUACAUUCUUGGUUUUCAGGAAAUAGUCCCUCUUAAUGCCGGAAAUGUCUUGGUCAUUGAGGAUAACGGUUCUGCCGCAAAAUGGCUAUCGUUGAUCAGUCAGUCUCUCAACAAAUCAUCUAAUACCGAUUAUUAUCCACCAAAUAGAACAAAUACAAAUUCCAGUUCUUUUGAGAGGAAGCAUAGUGGCAGCGGCUCGCUGUUCUUGCAAAGAACAUCCCUUAGAGCGGCCAGCAGAGCCUUCCGAUCAGAGAGUCGAAGAAGGUUUAAGAGUUGCAACUGCAGCAUUGUCGAGUCUGAAAGGAAAAGCUACGGUAGAGAGUCAUGUUUUACAUGUCAAAAGUCAAAGUCAAACAAUUUCGACGAUCCCUCUUCGUCAGAAGAGGAUGAUACCCUUACCACGAAUGCCGUGGCUGCCGAUGUUAGCACUCCUGCGCCAACUGGCAAGAACCAACAUUUGAGAUACAGUCUUAUAAAGAGCAAGCAAAUGGUCGGAAUCUUUGUCACGAUUUGGGUGAAAAAGGAGCUCAUUCCACACAUAGGCCACUUGAGAACUUCUUGCAUAAGCCGAGGGAUUUUGGGUUAUCUCGGGAAUAAGGGUUGUAUCUCGGUGAGCAUGACCUUCAAGCAAACGAGCUUUUGCUUUGUGUGCAGUCACUUGGCGUCAGGAGAGAAAGAAGGGGACGAGCUUCGUAGGAAUCUAGACGUUAUAGAGAUACUUAAAAGCACACAGUUUCCAAAGAUCUGCAGAACCCCCAACCCGAAUGUGCCUGACAAGAUUUUAGAGCACGACCGCAUCAUUUGGUUAGGGGAUUUAAACUAUCGGAUAGCUCUUAGUUACCAUGAAACCAAGAAAUUUUUAGAGCAGAAUAAUUGGGAUCCCCUUCUUAAUAAGGAUCAGCUUAAGAUCGAAAGGGAAGGUGGGAGAGUAUUCGACGGUUGGAAAGAGGGGAGGAUCUCCUUUCCGCCAACGUACAAAUACUCAUACAACUCGGAUUCGUAUGCUGGAGAGACCAUAAAAUCGAAGAGCAAGAGGAGAACUCCAGCAUGGUGUGACAGAAUACUGUGGUACGGGGAGGGGAUCCAUCAGAAGUCGUAUACACGUUGGGAUUCGCGGUUUUCAGAUCACCGGCCCGUCUGUGCAACAUUUUUAGUAUUUUUGCAUAAUCAAAGGGAAUAAGAAGACCGACUGUGGGUGCUGACUAGAAACGGAUGCUCGAGAGUUUUGACCAGUCGAUAGACGCAAUGAAACGUAAUAAUCAACUCAAGUUCCUGUAACUGUACAUAGCAAUAUUCUUACAAUCACUAUACCAGAAGAAGAAAGAAAUGAAAUAAAAAUUUGCUUUUUGCAGUA